AUGGUCCCCGCCGCCGGCGCGCUGCUCUGGGCCCUGCUGCUGAGUCUGGGGUCCCGGGCGGCGGGGGCCGAAGACCUGACUUCGACCGCGAUGCCGCGGGACAGUUUCCGCUUCGGGGGCCCUGUGACCCGCAGCUACAGAACCACCGCCCGGACCACUCCGGGCGUUGUAUCCCCGAGAAUGAGGGUGACAAUGGAGGAUGAGGACGACGUCGUGGCCGCUGCCGACCGCCUGGCAGGCCCGGCCGCUGCGGAGCUCUUAGCUUCUACGGUGGCCACAGGCAGCAGGUCACGGUUGUCGCAGGAGGAGGAUGGGUCUUUGGAAGAAGGGGUUGUAAUUUACGCCAGAAAGAAUGACACCGAGUCGGAGACUGACCGUACGACUCGCUUUACGCCUGGGAGGCCUAGCCCAGACCUUACAGCGAAUGACCAGGAUUCCGACAUCAAGAUGAGUUCAAGCCUGCCUCACUCCACCUGGAAGGCUAAUGUGGACUCACAGCCCUCUCAGAGUACCACGAACCUGUGGUCCUCAGCAGGGUCCACCCUGAACCGGUGGCCGCCUCCCUCGCCCACGGCCAUGCCAGCUCCGGAGGAUCUGCGGCUGGUGCUGUUGCCCUGGGGCCCGUGGCACUGCCACUGCAAGUCGGGCACUAUGAGCCGGACCCGGGCCGGGAGACUGCAUGGCCUUUCGGGGCGCCUGCGAGUUGGGGCGCUGAGUCAACUCCGCACCGAGCACCGGCCUUGCACCUACCACCUAUGCCCCUGCAACCGCGAGCGGGAGGAGUGUCCCCUAGAUGCAGGUCUCUGUGCUGACACCAGCUGCACCACUCAGACCACCACCAGGGCCACCACCCCCAGGGCCACCACCACCACCACCACUCCCUUACCCCCUCUAACCAGCAGACUCAGACCCGCCCCCUUUAUCCCCAGUCCCAUUCCCAGCCCCCACCCAGCCUAUGCUUUUUGGAAACGGGUCAGGAUUGGGCUGGAGGAUAUUUGGAACAACCUCUCUACAAUGUUCACAGAGAUGGAACCAAUCAAGAGAAAUCAGAGGUAACGGCCACUUCAACCACAAGAGGAGGUGUCAGCAUCUCAACCUCUCCUCCCCCUUGAAUCCCAGUACCCAC